UCCUUCCUUCCUUUCCUCCUUUCCUAUCUUUUCUUUUUUUCCUUUUUCUCCUCUUUUCUUUUCCUCUUGCCUUUUCUCCAGAUCUCUAGCUGUCUCUAAUUCCUUUUCCUCUCUGCCCCGUCUCCUUCCAGUGUCACACGCCCUCUUAGUUCUGUGUGUCUGCAAACUUUUGAACAGAAUCCUCGCAUCAGCAAACAAGUCCUCCUCCUCCUCCUGCUCUCUUGCUGCUGCUAUUCCUGUUCUUUCCUGCAGCUUUUCUUUGGACAGGAGCGGGAGGAGGUGAUGCCACUUACGUUGUGAACUAUUUCGACUGAAACUUGGAGGAACAAUUUGCCCGCUGUCCUAAUUGGAAUCAAACGCUUUCCGUGCUGAGGUUUAAGAGUUGAAUGAAUGGCAAUGUGUAGCAAAGCGACCCUAGCCUUGCUGGUCUAUGGAAUACUAAUGCAUAGCAGUGUCCACUGCUCACCUGCAGCCGGAAUCCAGUUUCCUGCUUUCAGCAGGUUGGAGGAUGAAGCUUAUGAUGAGGAUGGGAACACUCUGCAGGAUUUCGCCUUUGAUAAUAACCGUUUGGGCUUAGGAAACACUGCAUCCAUGCUGGGGGACGUGUACACGCUCUAUUAUCCACCGGAAGAGAGACAAACAGAUGACAUAUUGAAUAAAGCAUACCGGAAAGUUCUGGGCCAACUGUCUGCGAGGAAGUACCUGCAUUCUCUCAUGGCCAAACGCUUAGGGAUGGGUACUGGCGUGGAGGACGAUUCUGAACCGCUCUCCAAGCGCCACUCUGACGGGAUCUUCACGGACAGCUACAGCCGCUACCGGAAACAAAUGGCUGUCAAGAAAUACUUGGCAGCGGUCCUGGGGAAAAGGCAAUGUGACGCAGGAUGCAGUUUGCAGCUUUCGUGCCUUUCUUCGCCUUUUAAAUCGCCACGAAUCACAGAUGGCUAUUUAGUGGCCCUACAAUGCUGCAACACAUCAGCUUGCAUUUUAGUCCUAAUUAUUUGUUUCUUUGGGAAUGGGCAGAAUUUUCUGUGUUUGUGUCAGCUGUAGUAGUGAAAUAGGGCUCUAGUCAACAUUUUAUUUAUGAAGUGUAGUUUAGUGUUCCAGUGGCUAGCUGCAAACAUUAUAUAGAUAUCACCUAGAUUAACCUUUUGUAUACUUUUUAGUAAGCCAAGAGCCUUACCAAAUUGGAUCAGAUUUAAGUUACAGUCAUCAUUUAGGUAGAUGUCAGUCUUGAAGAUCUUAUUUUGUGUGCAACUGAUUAUAAAAACUUUAACAAGUAUGACUACACACAUGAUAUCUAUAACUAGGACUUUAAUAACUGUUAUAUAAGUGUGUAAAAUUUGUAUUAAUAAAUUUUUGUAAACAAUG